AUGGACGAGGAGAUGCCGCUGUGGCUGGCGGGCCGCGUGGGCGUGUGCAGAGCCGCAGUCACCCCGGAGGGGAAGCUCAGCGACUUCCCCGGAGAGCUCAUCUUCCGCCGGAGCGGCGUGGUGACAGCUGCCAGCUCCGCCGGCCUCGGAGGCUCACGGGCGGGCGCCACGGGCCACCGCGCCCACGUCGCCGUGCCCCAUAUUGCAGAGGCAGCUGGGAAAGCAGGGGGUGGCCUCCUGCGCUGGGAACCUCGCUGCCAGCAGCCCCUGACCAGCAGAGCGCCCGUCACUGCACUGCUGCCUCCACGCCUCGAGGGUCCCUGGAUCUCCACUGGCUGCGAGGUGCGACCUGGGCCCGAGUUCCUCACCCGUUCCUACACCUUCUUCCCCAGCCGCCUCUUCCGAGCCCACCAGUUCUACUACAAGGACCCCCUCUGCCAGGAGCCUGCCCACUCCCUGGUCAUCAAGGGCAAGGUCCGCCUACGCCGGGCCUCCUGGGUCACCCGUGGUGCCACCGAGGCCGACUACCACUUGCACAAGGUGGGAAUCGUCUUCCACAGCCGCCACGCGCUGCUGGACAUCACCAGGCGCCUCAACCGGACCCAGGCCAGCCGUGACUGUGCCCAGCAGCUGCCCCCUGCCCAGGCCUGGGUGUCCGGGACGCUGUAUGAGCUGCUGAGCGCCCGGGCCGAGCGGGACUGCACGGCCACCCUGGGCUUCACCAUGCACGAGCUCAGCCUGGUCCGAGUGCAGCGCCGCCUGCAGCCGCAGCCCCGGGCUGGGCCCCAGCUGGUGGAGGAGCUGUACCUGGGGGACAUCCACACCAACUGGGCAGAGAGGUGGCACUACCGGCCCACCGGCUACCAGCGCCCGCUGCAGAGCGCCCUGCACCACGCUCACCCCUGCCCCGCCUGCAGCCUCAUCGCCCGCUCCGACGAGCACCAUCCUCCCGUGCUGCCUGCCCCCGUGGCCCUGCCCCUGCACCUGGGCGGCCAGUGGGUCAGCGCCGGGUGCGAGGUGCGCCCCGCCGUGCUCUUCCUCACCAGGCUCUUCACCUUCCAUGGGCACAACCGCUCCUGGGAAGGGUACUACCAUCACUUCUCGGACCCCGCCUGCCAGCAGCCCACCUUCACUGUCUACGCAGCCGGCCGCUACACCAGGGGCACGCCAUCCACCAAGGUCCUCGGUGGCACCGAGCUGGUGUUCCAGGUCACAGAGGCUCGUGUGACCCCCAUGGACCAGGUCACCACGGCCGUGCUCAACGUCUCAGAGCCGAGCAGCUGCGGGGGCCCCGGGGCCUGGUCCCUGGGAAGGGAACGGGAUGUCACAGCCACCAAUGGGUGCCUGCCCCUGGGCAUCAGGCUCCCCCACGUGGAAUAUGAGCUUUUCAAGGUGGAGCAAGACCCCCUCGGGCAAAGCCUGCUCUUCAUCGGACAAAGGCCCACUGAUGGCUCGAGUCCGGACACCCCCGAGAAGCGCCCCACGUCUUACCAAGCGCCCCUGGUGCUCUGUAACGGGGCGGCCCAGGACUUCUCCCAGCCCCCCCAGCACGGGCCUCUGCUGCAGAAGCUCCUCAACAGUGGGAGGUGCUGUCCUCCAGUGGCCCCUCUCCCCUUUCUGCUCCUAAUUCUUGGGCUGGCCUUCCUCCAGUGGCUAUGAGAUUGGGACCGGCUGACCCCGGGGACUCCAGCCUGGCGCAGACCCCACACCUGUCUGUGAGGAAGGCCACUCCUUCCCUGUUCUCCGUCACAGACAGGUGGUGGCCCUGCCACUGUCAGCUCAGCCUGUGUCUUGGUGGCUCAGCCCCUGCGGAGUGCAUACUGCGGUCGGUUAGCAACUGUGACCACGAGCCCGGGCCUCGCGGCCAUGUCCAUUGCUUUGAGUUUUGAACACUGGCUCCCACCUUCCGUGGGCAGUUCGGGGACCUGCACCAGGGACUGGACCUCAGAGGCCCCCUUAUUUCCUGUACCCUUGGGAUUCUGUGCAAUGGGGGGGAGGGAGGUUCCUUAAAGAUCACUAAUUCGAAUUUAGCAAUACACACUCAGACGUGAUUACACAUGCCGCUCAGGCUCUCGGUUCUCAGCUCUCCGGCAGAAGGCUUGUCUCUUGGGGGAAACUCAGCUUCCCCGAAUCCCGACUGGGGGCGUCUGUGUGCACCUGCCCGUGCUCCGCCAGGCAGGCCGCCAGCGGUCCACGCGUGGGGGUAAAUGCCGCCUCCGGCGCACGCGCGUGUUCCAGCUGAGCCCCGGAAUGCGGUGGCCCUUGCCCCCACCACGCUGGGCUGGCGCCGGGAACAGGUCCUGGGAGGAAAGCGGUGUUCCCAGCCUUGGGAAAGUAAUUAAUACUAAUGAUAUCGGCAUUACCACGCGCUCUGUAAUUAGCCCUGCACAGGUGUUCUCUGUUUUCAAGAUUCCCUGUGCCUCGCGGACAAGGAGGGAGAAAACAAUCCCGAAUGUGUCUCUGGGACCACCCCAGGGAGCGGGCAGGGAGCGCUGCGAGGAGACACGGAGGAGAUAGAUGCUCCUGCGCCCGUGUCCUCCUCUGCUCGGGAGGCUGUCGCCACGGUGGGGACAGGCUGUGCCUCUCCAGGCCUGCCUGUGUGCCCAGGGCCACGUCUGUACAUUGUGAAAUUAACUGGCAUCCUGGUGGGCGCAAGGGUUUCCGGGACUCGGUGCCGACGAAGCACCCCCUCCUUCCUCCGCCCGAUUCCUAUCUCUGGCUCUUGUCACGGAUCUCGAACAACAAUUGUCUGUGAGGCUAAUGAUGCUUUCAGAAGGAAGCCCUUGUCCUUCCGUUAGAUUGUGUGGGGUUCAAUCAGCCCGCUGAAAUUGCUCUAACUUAUCUACCCAUUCUUCUUAAAAAAAAACCCCACACACCACCAAGUUCAUAUUGUCUGUGGGUCUCAGAGAGUGACGAGUGUUCCUGGCAUAUUUACUAAAGCACAAGAAAGAAUGAUUGUGGCCUCAGACUGCAUCGGGUGGAGGGGUCCCUGGUGGGAGGAGGGUGGGUGGCGAUAAUGUGUCCA